AUGGAUACCAAGGGCCGUGCAGCAACUACUGCUUCUUCUUCAGCCUCAUCCCAAAACCACUGUAGGAUUACAAAUGUUAUCCAUUCCAACAACACCUGCUGUCGUGGUGGUUCUAAGGCCAACAGCUGCCGUGUUCUGAGAACUGUCCAGGUCCAGGGUUGCCAUCAUCCUCCUUGCUUUUGUCGCAGACCCAUGUACCUGGUAAAGAACUUCAGUGCCUGUUCUCUGGAUGACUGGGGUUGCCGUGGUGAAGGCAUCAACAGUCACGAGAAAGAGACCAUGCAAAUCUUGAACGACCGCCUGGCUAGCUACAUGGAAAAGGUGCGAAUACUGGAACGAGGGAAUGCCAAGCUGGAGGCUCAAAUCCAGGAAGAGAGCAACAAAGAGCUCCCUGUCUUGUGUCCCGAUUACCUGUCCUACUAUUCAACCAUUGAAGAGCUCCAGCAGAAGAUCUUGUGCACCAAGGCUGAGAAUUCCAGACUGGUCUCACAAAUUGACAACACCAAACUGGCUGCAGAUGACUUGAGAGCCAAGUAUGAAACAGAGGUGUCCCUACGGCAGCUGGUGGAGGCAGACACCAACAGCCUACGGCAGAUCCUGAAUGCACUGACCCUGGCCAAGGCUGACCUGGAGGCGCGAGUCCAGUCUCUGAGGGAGGAGCUUCUCUGCUUCAAAAACAACCAUGAACAGGAAGUGAAUUCCUUGCAGUGCCAGCUUGGGGACAGACUCAACAUUGAAGUGACCGCUGCCCCUUCUGUGGACCUAAACCAGGCUCUACAAGAAAUGAGAUGUCAAUACGAGUCCAUCAUGGAGACAAACCGUAAAGAUGUAGAACAAUGGUUCAACAUGCAGAUGGAGGAGCUGAAUCAAGAAGUGGUGACCAGCUCUCACCAGCAGCAGUGCUGUCAGAAGGAGAUCAUCGAACUGAGACGUACCGUGAAUGCUCUGGAGAUUGAACUGCAAGCCCAGCACCGAAUGAGAGAUUCCCAGGCAUGCAUGCUGACGGAGACGGAGGCCCGCUAUGCCACCCUGCUGGCCCAGAUUCAGAGUCUGGUCGACAACCUGGAGGCUCAGCUGGCAGAGAUUCGUAGUGCCCUGGAAGGACAGAACCAAGAAUAUGAGAUUCUGCUGGACGUCAAGUCCCGGCUGGAGUGUGAGAUCGCCACGUACCGCAGCCUUCUGGAGAGCUCCGACAGCAAGCUUCCCUGCAACCCAUGUGUCACCAAAUGUGAGCCUGCCACGUGCACAUCCUGCAAGGCCAGAGCCAAAGAAUGCUCGACUCCAGUCCAUGUCUCCUCAGUCCCUCAUGGGAUCCUGAAGCCGUGCAGUGCCUAUGGACCCCUGACCCGGCUACUGGUUAAAAUAUGCACCAUCACGCAGGAGAUUCAGGAUGGGAAGAUCAUUUCCUCUCACGAGCAUGUGCAACCUUGCUACAUCACCAGACUGGUCAAAGUCUAA